UAAAAGCCCAGCCGAAGACAGUCCAACAAUUAAACCCUUUCUACAGUUUACUCUCUAUAUAAACCCCUGCCCCCUACAUUCAACAGUAAUAACAGAAUUCAAACGGUUCCCUCUGCUCUGCCAAGAAAACAAGAAACACUCUCAUGUCAAAGGCGAUCAUUUGUGCUUCCUCACCACCAGCAUCACAAGGUGCUGUAGCAGUCAUGGAGGCAAAGAACAAGGAUAAAGAAUCAGUGGACAAAAUGCUUGCCAAGUUCAUUGCUACAAGCAGGCCCAAAGAUUCAGAAUCUUCAUAUGAUUUUACGGACUCACCGUUCUUUAUUGACUUCAUAAAGGCGGUAUCAGAAUUCGGGUCUCCUUAUCAACUGCCAGAUCGUGAAACUCUGGACACUCACUUGAUUCCUCAAGUGGAGAAAGAAGUGGAUGAGUAUUUCCAAGAUUUGAAGCAGUCUUUAAACAAAACUGGUUGCACCAUAACCCCUGAUAUAAAGAAGUUCAGGUCAUGGUACGAGAUAUUUAGAGGCAUAAGGGUUUAUACACCGAAAGGGAUAUUUCUAUGGCCUGAUGUUUAUCCUCAAACUCAAAGUAGCCAAGCUUUACCUUGGGAUUCAGAGAAGUACUGGGUACGGGAUAUCAAAGAACAGCUUGAUGUCAUUGAUCCUGCAAACAUUGUUCAGUUCUUGGCUCAUGAGAAAGUUCCUCAAUCUGUGAUGAAUCUUUUCAAUGAACAGUAUCCAUGGGUGACUGUCAUCAGCAAAUGUGCUGCUGGGGUUGUUGGGAAACUUUUAGUGAACAUAUUCCAAGUUGGUUUUGUGCGGAAUAUAGUGAAAUCUGCUACGGUUGUUUCCAAAUUCAUAGACAAAUAUUACGAACCCAGGAUUGUUUGCAUUCCAAAGGAUAUGAGUAAAUUCAAGAAUUUGGAUGCGGUUGUUGGGUGCUUGAAUCACAAGCAUUGGGAUGCUGAGCUCUGCAAAAUUGCAAGCGGAUUCUGGGUGUUGAAAUCACUUAUCAGAUUUGAACAAACACUGCAACCCAUCCAAGUAUGUAGUGAUCAGGUGGUGGAGCAUGAAGACAAAGAAGCUGCAAUUUUCAUUAACUUCGUCAUUCAUUGCAAGGAUUUCUGGAAUGGAUUGAAAAGGUUAGAGAUGAUUUUAUGCCCAUUAUUUCAAGCUAUGUCUCUGCUACUUUCAGUGGACAGUCCAGGUUUGGGAUACUUGUACGAGCUGUUGGAGAAGACACAGUCUAGCCUUGCUGAAUACGUUGAGGACAAAAAUGCACUGGACUCUGCUCAUUAUCAAAUCAUAUGGGAAUUGUUUUCUGAAGCCAAAAAAGACAUUAUCUUUCCAAUUCAUGAAAGUGCAGCUUUUCUUAACCCAUCUAACUUGCUUGCCCAGAAAUUCAAGGAAGCUGAUCUCCAAUUUAAUCGGAUUAAGCAAUUUAUAUCCAACCUCAUUUUCUCUAGUGAUGAGGAGGAGAAGGCUUGUGUCUCACAACUGAUACAGUACCAGUCCAUGGACCCAAUUCUAUUCACAGACACUGCCAUAGAGAUGGCAAAAUCAUUCCAUCCCAGAAUUUGGUGGGAGAAAUGCGGCGAUUGUUUUCCUGAAUUGCAGAAGCAAGCCAUUCGAAUACUGAGCCAGGGUUGUAAGUUCAUUUGCUGCCAUGAGUUGGAUGAUAAGAAAAAUGUAUGGGGUUGGAGAAUGGUGAUGAUGGAGAGCUGGAAAGCAUUUGAAAGGCGGGCUUUGAAUCUUAUUGAUGUGGAGAAACUUGAUGGAAUUGAAUGGACAGACCCAGAAGAUCUUUUAGGCUGCUACUCAAGUUUCGAUUAUGAGCAGUCUCUCAGGCCUUAUGCCCUUCUGAUAUCUCAGUUUGAUUCUGCUUCCUCCGCAAAGAUUCCUUUAUUGUUCGAAUUGUGGUUCCGUCAGUGAUUUUUCUUCUUCCUUUUUCUUUGUUUUCUAGAAAGCAAAUAUAGGAGCCUGUCUGAUGAUGUUGAAAUUGUUUGUGGAUUUACUUGUAUACUCAUAGUCUGCAUAUAUGAUAUGAUCAUAUUGCAUUUGUU